UGCUCCGUCUCCAAGCUCGGGGCGCGAGUUGACAGGACUGGCGGCUGCGGCUGCGUGGUGCUCGGCUUCAGGGGCCUGCGGGCGGCGACGGCGGACGGGGCGGCGCAGCAGAUGAUGCUACUGCCUGUGGUGAGGGGACCACACUUUGAGAACCAGUGGACUAGAAGCGAGGAGAUCGUGAGGUGCACUAAUGCUGAAGCACUAUGAGCUUUCAGAAGUUCUGGAGAGACUACAAAGUUCUGGUUGUUAUGAUACCUCUAGUUGGGCUCAUACAUUUGGGGUGGCACAGGAUCAAAAGCAGCCCUGUCUUCCAAAUUCCUAAUAAGGAUGACCUUCCUGAGCCAGACAGUCUGGCACCCACAAGUCCUGAGAAGAACCACAUCCCAGGGGAAUAGCAGACUUGAGCGCUUCAG